AUGGCCGCCCGACAGCCCAGAUUCAACCAGCAGGUGCUCAUCGACACCACCCCUCUCCCGGACUCAGUCCCCAAAGUCCCAGAGGUCGGCGCCUCCUCCGCCCCGCUCCUUUCCGCGUCCUUCUUCAUCGGCGCUCGAUGCAAACCUUACAAUGACGACUUCAUGCACUGCAAAACUGAGGCCAACGGCAAGGGCGAGACGGAAUGCUUGAAGGAGGGAAGGAAGGUCACGCGUUGUGCGGCGAGUGUGCUGGAGGAUAUCAACCGGGAGUGUUUGGAUUCUUUCAGGACGCACUGGAAGUGCUUGGAGAAUAACAACCAGCAGCUUUGGCAGUGUCGGGCUGCGGAGCGGGGAUUGAAUGCGUGUGUUUUUGAGAAGCUGAAGUUGGAGAAGAACAUUCCGGGAGCGCCGGAUAAUGAGACUCCGGUGCAUCUCAGGAAGAAACAGAUCUAUGCUCACAGUCUCUACGGACAAUGA